AUGAGCCGGAACCUCCAUCUGACAUACGCUAUCGAGGCUACAUUGGUUGAUAAUCUCUAUAAAAUUUUAACUUGGAAAACAUCAGAAGAAGUUUUUGGUUGUUUGAAUGUGAUAAUCCUUCCCAAGUAUAGAGAUGACGCGUGGAGUAAAAAGUACUUGAUUGCAGAAGAUAUCAUACCGCCUCCACAAUUACUCCAAAAACAUUCAUCAUUCGGAAAACCAAAUGCCGAUAGAUUCAAGCAUGACGUUUUUGUGGUUUAUAAAUGGCUCGAUUAUGAAAACUCGCAUGAGGUUACUGCUAAAUAUUUAAUUUUAAACCGUGAGCCGGGUGAAGGCCAAUAUGUGAAUCCAAUGCUUGCCAGGUAUCCUAAUAUGCUCAGAGGUGCUGCUCGAGAGCCCUUCAGAGAACUUACAGCAAAUCCGAAUAAUCCGAUCUUUAUUCGAAAUAUUCAAAAUAUUCAACCUAACUCUAUGCGUAUCUUGUUACGUUAUCUGUAUGGUCAGGAUAUUGACGACGCAAUUCAAAGACGAGAUUCAAUUAAUGUUUGGAAUCGUAGGACUGGAUAUGAGACUUAUAAUAAUUCAAAUGUGCCACUUUAUAAAGAUCUGCUCUCAAAUGUCUGA